AUGGUAGGAACUAGAGCUGGUGCUUCAUCAUCAGGAUCUGGUGAUUCAACUCACCAAAUGGAGGCUAGAAUUAACCAGUUAGAAAAUAUGAAUACCCGAUUGUUGAAUCUGUUGGAGAAUAACCAGGCAAAUAAGGAUACAGAUGAUGAGGGAAAGUUUUAUAAAAGGUUAGCAUCACACAAUCCUAGGACUUAUGAUGGGGAACCUGAUCCAGUAAAGUUCGAGGAUUGGAUCGCUUAUAUGGAAAAACUCCUGGAUAUGGUGAAUUGCCCAACCAAUCUAAGAGUGAAGUUAGCAUCAUUCUAUUUAGAUGGACAAGCAGAUAUGUGGUGGAAGACUGUGAAAAAUAUUGCUCAACGACCUGAUUUUACUUGGGAUAAGUUCCUUGAGAAAUUACGGGAAAGGUUUUAUCCUCCAGCACUUCAGACUAAGAAGGAGUGUGAAUUCCUUACCUUACGUCAGGGUAAGAUGUCGAUAGUAGAAUAUACGGCGAAGUUUGUCGAGCUAUCCCGAUUCGCACCUGACUUAGUGAAGUCGGAAAAGUUCAAGGUGACACGGUAUUUCGAAGGAAUUGAAUAUGCGACAGCGAAGGUGGUUGGAAUUGAUCAAGGACUAUGA